AUGUUCUUCCUCCCACUUUUCCUCUCUUUCGCCGCGCGAACCCUCGCUCAAUGCGAGACAGAAUGCAACCCGCUCACCUCCCUCCUCUCCGACUGCUUCCUACCCCAACUACCAACAACCGAGAGCGGCACCGACGUGCCCCCAAGCAAAUAUCGCAACAUCACUGGUCUAGAGUUCUACACAAAGCCCUACGUCCUCCCGGGCCCCCAUACAUCAUUCCUCGAAACCGCCACGCAGGCCCGAUGCUUCUGCAUCGAGGGCGUGCACAUCCUGCCUGAAUGCAACAACUGUCUCUCGGGGUACCGGUUCUCGAAUUCUUUGCCGAUGUUGCAAGAUGAUAGGCGCGCAAUGGAUCGGUACAAAUCGGAUUGUACGGAGUGGGGGUAUUUUGCGAAUGAGACGCUGGCGUACCCGAGUACCACGCGCAGCGCGAUGCCGUCGUCGGCGACGGGACCUGCUGAUCCGGGUCCCGGGGAUAAAGUGUCUAGUAGUUGCGCCUCCGUUUGCGGCGUUAUCCGCGGACAGAUUGACGACUGUGGUUUGACGCCGCUCGAUAUCGAUGAGGAUGAUAUUCCAUGGGCCCGCGCUGACCCUGCAUAUUCGGGGAGUGUGCUGCUGAACCGGACGGCGGGCGAAUGCAUGUGCAGUUUGCCAGUGCUGCGGCGGCUGAGGGGGUGUUGGAUAUGUGUUGAUGCUGAAAAAGAGCUCGGAGUGCCCGACCUUGUUCGCUAUUAUCGGGAGGAGUGUAAUGAGCUUGGGUAUUGGACUGAUUCGGCGGUUGUUGAGCCCUCACGGGAGGAGCUUGAAGAAAGCGAGGAGUCCGGCGAGGGAGAGGAGGUUAUAAUGACGGAUGGAGCUAAGACGGCCAUGUACAUUUCUACGGGCAAGGUGGCGCUUAUUAUGGGUUUACUGCUUGUGCUAUCCGGAUCAUGUUAA